AUGUAUCGGGGAUCCUUCGCACCACCACCCGCGCAGUCGCCGCCUCUACACCAUCCCGUCCCACAGCAUGUCUCGACUGUCCCUAUGAUGCGCUCCCCUCCUCCUCCUUCGCAACAAACACCAAAUGCCGGCUAUGGAGGAAAUCCAUACCAGCCAUCACCUGCUCAGGCUGGUAAUUCAAACUAUGGUACUCCCGGGUUUGGCGGAUUCAUGAACGAACCCACAGCACAGAUGGGGUUCCAGGUUGGCAAGAGUGCAAUGAUGGCUGGGCAAGAAUAUAUGGAACAAAACUUUAACCGUUAUGUGUCCAUACCGGCCUUGAAACACUACUUCAAUGUCUCGAACUCCUAUGUUCUCAGCAAGCUUGCUCUUGUUCUCUUUCCCUGGCGACACAAGCCCUGGUCUCGCCAACAGGCUCGGAUGGUAGCUACACCUGGACCGAAUGGUCAAAUCGUCCAGCAACAAUAUUCAUCAAUGUUCCUACCGCCGCGAGACGAUCUCAACUCGCCCGAUAUGUACAUUCCCGUUAUGGCUAUAGUCACCUACAUCCUGUUGUCGGUGCUGCUCGCUGGAUUUCGGGGUAAUUUCCAUCCCGAACUUCUAGGGUCGAUCACCACUACUGCCAUCGCAGUGAUUGUCUUUGAGAUUCUGUGCUUGAAGAUCGCCACGUACAUCUUGACAAUCAACAACGACUCUCAAUUGCUAGACCUGGUAGCCUACUCCGGCUACAAGUUCGUUGGUAUCAUCGUCACGCUGCUCGCAUCCGAGAUAUUGACUCCCGGACGUGGAACAGGAGGCUGGGUUGGCUGGACAGUUUUCGUGUACACAUUUUUGGCUAAUGCCUUCUUUUUGCUUCGCUCAUUGAAGUACGUUCUGCUUCCAGAUUCAACUGAUUCCACCAUGCAGACUGGCGCCAUGCAUACCGUGGCCCGCUCUCAACGCAACCGCCGAACUCAGUUCCUGUUCGUCUACUCCUACAUUAUUCAAUUUUUCUUCAUGUGGGUGCUCAGUCGGGAAGGACCGUCAGUGGCAGCCAAGGCAAGCUCCUAA